GUCAUUUCGGCUGUGUGUGGAAGUGGCUAACCUGCGAUGAACUAGCAUAAUUGUCCAGUUUUAUACCUCAAUCCUGUCACAUUGGAUCUCCAAAUACACAUUCAUCGCCUCAGGUCUCCUAUAAGAGGUUAACACCAUGGGUGAACCUCAGCAGGUGAGCGCCCUUCCCCCUCCACCUAUGCAGUACAUCAAGGAGUACACAGAUGAAAACAUUCGCAAGGGUCUGGCCCCCAAGCCACCUCCACCCAUCAGAGACAGCUACAUGAUGUUUGGCAACCAGUUUCAGUGUGAUGACCUGAUCAUCCGGCCUCUGGAGAGUCAAGGCAUUGAAAGACUCCAUCCUGUGCAGUUUGACCACAAACGUGAGCUUAAGAAGCUCAACAUGUCUAUUUUAGUAAACUUCCUGGACCUGCUGGACAUCCUUAUCAAGAGCCCUGGAAGUCUAAAACGUGAUGAAAAGCUGGAGGACUUAAAGUUACUGUUUGUUCAUAUGCACCACCUGAUCAAUGAGUACAGGCCACAUCAAGCCAGGGAGACAUUGAGGGUGAUGAUGGAGGUGCAGAAGAGACAGAGGCUGGAAACAGCUGAAAGGUUCCAGAAACAUCUUGAAAGGGUAGUGGAGAUGAUUCAGUCAUGUCUUGCCUCUUUGCCAGAUGACUUACCUCAGAUGGAUGGCCCUGAAGGCCCUAGUGAUGGGACGAGGAGCGCAUCUGUAGCAGGUGGUGUUGGUUGUUCUUCUGCGCAGACUCCCAGGAUGAACACAGAACCUAUGGAUGCAGAGGAAGCAGGAGCCAGCUGCAUGGCAGCAGGUCACCAGGACAGGAGCACCGCUGGUUUAAAGAGAGACAAAAUAUGGGAUAAGGAUGCUGCCAUGUGCAGUAUUAUUGAUGAAAUUGCUUAGGUUCCCUCUUUGUAAACCAAAACUAUGGUUUUCUUUCACUUGUACUUGUACUAUCGUACUUGGCAUAAGUAUGGGCAUGUUUAUUUUUUUUCCACAUCCUGAAAUUACUAUCUGGAGUUGUCAUGUAGCUAUUACCUAUUAAUUCUGUUUUUUGAGGAAUUUAGGAAGCUUGUGGUGCCAAUUUUUUCUUUCCUUUUUUUUUGAAUGAAUUUAAAUAAAGAAGUAAAUAAAUGUUUUUGUGUAAUUAAAUAUA